GACGCGACGCGAAUGAAGACGUUCGCGCAGACGAUCGAGCUCGAGAGCGAAGACGCGAUCGAGGCGUACGACGCCCUACACGCGCGCGCGUGGCCAGAGAUUUUGGAGAGCCUGCGCGCGGUCGGCGUGGUCGACAUGUUCAUUUACCGCUCUGGCGUGCGCUUGUUCAUGCACAUGACGACGGUCGACGCGUUCGAUCCCGACGUGGACUUCGCGAGACACAUGGCGAUGAGCGAACGGUGCGUGGAGUGGGGCGAGGUGACGCGCGCGUUGCAGCGACCGGCGCCCGAGGCGAAGGUUGGCGAGUGGUGGACGCGCUGCCGCCGCGUCUUCGAUUUGCGCUCGCAGCUCGACGCGCUGGACGCGUCGAGGUCGCGAUGA